GUUUUUGCCGACGCUCGCCGUUUUGCCGUCUUCGCCACGCGCGCUCGAAUUCGUUUCUCAGAUCACGUUGGGCGGAAUUACAAUCAACGUCGAAGCGAUAUCGCCGCAUGUGACGAACCCGAUGAAACGAGAAAUUCACUCUUUGCGAAAAAAAAACACAAAUAAAUAAUUCUCGCGAGUACCGAGUACGAGUGGAGGGAAAGCUCGGAACGACGUACGCGGUAGUCUGAAAAGCGCGCGUCCGUGCGUUUUCGGUGCGGAAAGAUCGCUUUCAAGGCUUGUAAAUCAUAACUGUUUAUUUUACACUUGAUAUACUCGACCGACGCGGCCUACGUGCGUCAAUUUGACGAGGGGGCUGGUGGUUCGCGGGUGAGCCGUUGAAGACGUCAAUAAACUUAAUGCUCUCUUCGCGCACCCCGUCUGUAUUAUAGAUGGAAAAUCCACGUCCGAGUGAUAUUUGAGUGAUUACUUUAAAAGUGGGUAUGAUUUAACGGGGAAUGGCGCGAGGAAUCUUCUUCCGUUCCUCGUGGCGAUGACGCGCCGCUACUCGGCCCACUCGAAGACAAAAAAGACGAGGGGUGAAUUAAGCGGUGAAAAUACACCGCCCGCGCUCCCGACGUGAACUUUACCUUUUUUCACCUCUCAGCGGGCGCGGAGGUGAUGAUCGUCGGCGUAAGUGUUUCGUCGAUCGAAAGAGUUCGAUUUUCGGUGGUCGAUUUUUCAUUUUUUCCCCACAUUGUGCGCGGAGAAGCGCUGAUACUUUUGCCUAGAUUACGUUCAACGUUCCUCGCCAAAGAGGCUUUUGCCGACUGAGGAUCAAUUCGGCGAUACUUUACAGCGAGGAGACUUUUGGGUUUUGGUCCGCAAACAUCGAGUGACCUCAGCAUUCUUAUAAUCGAGGAUUGUCCGUUCUCGUAACAAGAGAUCGGAGGUUUAAUAACUCCCGAAUGGGCUGCCAGCUUCGCGAUUGGAUAUCUCCGAAAAGUUUUACUUCGUCGACUGUAAGCCUGCUACUCGAACUCCGUUUUCCUUCGGCCGAGAAUCGAACCCUAGCCGACGACGCGUGCGACCUUGUCAACCGUGUGUAUCCCAGUGUAUAUUUUUUUCGUCGAAAAAACUAAACUCCGACGAGAUGGUUAAAUGAUACGACGCAUGGGCCGCAACUGACGAGGAGGGUAACUUGAAACGAAAUGUCAUCCAGAUCACGAAUGGAUAUGCAAACCAUGGAAGAGGUAGAGGAGCCUUCGAAGUGCGUCAAGUUUCUUCACGUCUCCUGGAAAUUUUUCACCUGCAUUUUCAGCCACGUGACACUGGUGGGUCUCGUCGUGGCUUACUGUCUCCUGGGUGCCUUGGCUUUCGAGGCGCUGGAAGCGCAAAAUGAAAUAAACAUAAAGAACAGCAUCCGUCAUCUUCGGGGUAACGUUACAGAAGCCUUGUGGGAGAUGACUUAUUCAGCGGAGGUAUUGAUUCAAGAAAAUUGGACGCGCGCUGUGAAAAACAAAUUAGAGUCGUUCGAGCGUGACUUGCUGAUGAAGAUGGAACGAGAGGGCUGGGACGGAUCCGAGUCCGUAAACAACGUUCAAUGGACAUUUUCCGGAGCAUUGUUUUACUCCAUCAUCGUAAUCACCACCAUCGGUUACGGACACAUCGCGCCGAAAACUAAGUCCGGUAAAGUGGUAACAAUUUUUUACGCUAUUCUUGGGAUACCGUUGAUGCUGCUCUGCUUGUCGAGCAUUGGUGACGUCAUGGCGUCCAGUUUCAGAUUUUUAUACUGGAAGAUAUGCUGCUACAUCUGCACUAAACCACCCCGUAAACGACGACCCCGCAGCAACAGGAGUACCACGCGACAGUCGAUACGGUAUCCGCACAGAAGCGCUUCGUUCAGAAGAUCCGUUCGUGCCAGCCAGAGGUCCGCGGAUUCCGCACUCGGUUUAUCCGACAGCAUGGGAAGGUCUUCUUAUUCGGAGAUGGAGUACAGCAACAGGUAUAAUCUCGAAGGUAUGGAUUUGGCGACCGAUUUUCCGAGCACAAGGCCGUCGACGAUGUCCAGAUACUCGGACAUUCCCGUUUCCUCGCCGAGGGUCAAAGGUGGUAGACUCACCACGGGUACGGCGUCGUUGGACAGAAGAGCGAUGGUGGACACAGCCGAAGCCAACCGCCUACCGGUUUUGUUCAACAAGUACGCCCUGGAUCCCGAGGACGAGAUGCCCAAGAGCCGACCUUCCAAAGUGGGUUCAAAGAGGUCGGAGAGCGCGAACGAUGCAGAGGUCGCGAACGAGAGAAUGCCGAACAGCGGCAGAAUACGUGAGACGGGAUCGCUUCCCCGACAUCAUCACCUGGCCGUAGAACCCGAGGUUUUUCGUCGCCAACUUUCGCAACCACCGCCGGAAAUUCGGGAGCCCCACGCGCCCGUUUACAUCGAAAUGGAUUCCAUGAAAAGGAGCAUGAGAAUGAGGAGAAGCCAGAGUUACUACGGCGGUGGACGAAAUCAACGCCGCGAGGCACCUUCUCCACGAAUCAUGUCGCCGAUGGGAUUCGCGGUACACCGUCAAAUAUACGUUGACGAUUUCGAGGUAGAUUACGAUUACUGCGCCAAUGACAGCGCCAUCCAGGUGUCGAAGCCCGUUCCCAUUUGGCUGUGCGUAUUUCUCGUUGUCAGUUACAUAUUCGGCGGAGCGUUUCUAUUCAGCAAUUGGGAAUCUUGGAGCUUUCUCAAUUCCGCCUACUUCUGCUUCAUCACGUUAACGACGAUCGGUUUCGGUGACUUUGUACCGGAGCACAGGCUGAACGCGGAAACGAGCAUUGCGUUGUGCUCUCUGUACCUGCUCUUUGGAAUUGCUUUGUUAGCUAUGAGCUUCAAUCUGGUCCAGGAAGAAGUAAUCAACAACGUAAAGAGUGUCGCGAAGAGGCUCGGAAUCAUCAAGGACGACGAGGAUGAGGAUGACGACGAAGAUUAGAUCUCGGAUGAACAAUUUUUACCAUUUUCACUCGUCAACGACCAUUGUUCGGACGGAUUGGCAUCGCUCACCUUGCCUCCGAAGAAUUCAUUUUUCGACUACAAAAUCAAAACUGAGCUUCGACAAUCUGUCCAAGAAUUGGACCAAAUCGCAAGCUUUCGCUUUUCAUUCAUUUUUCCGUGUUCUCUUCAUUUAUACGGCAUACUCUCAUACUUUUUUAUUCAAAACGAUUGUUCGUUAAUCAUAAUUUCUUUUUUCUGAUUACCUCAUUGUUAUCGCAUGUAGAUUUAAAUAUAUAUUCGAAUAUAAA